AUGGUCCAAGUCUUGGUACAGUCUCUAAUGUACCUCUCUCUCUGCCUAAUGAUGCAAAUCUGCACACCACAAGCCAAGGUCGUGGUGCCCAAAAAUGCAACAAUCUCGGCCGUCUUCAUGUUUGGUGACUCCAUAGUGGAUACAGGCAACAACAACAACCUCAUUACACUGGUUAAGAGUAAUUUUCCUCCAUAUGGAAGGGAUUUCAUGGGAGGAAAACCGACCGGCAGGUUCAGCAACGGCAAGAUUCCCCCGGACUUCUUUGUGGAACAACUGGGGAUCAAAGAACUGUUGCCCGCAUUUCUUGACCCGAACCUGCAACUUCAAGACCUCAUCGGAGGCGUCAACUUUGCCUCUGCUGGCGCAGGAUUUGAUCCUCUGACAUCGGAACUUGUGUCUGCCAUACCAAUGUCUAAACAAUUACAACUCCUCGAUGAGUACAAAAUGAAGCUGAAGUGCUUUAUAGGAGAGGAGAGAGUGGAUUCUAUUGUUGCCAACGGCCUGUAUAUCGUGUCUGCAGGGAGCGACGACAUUGUGAAUACCUAUUUUCAUACCCCGACCCGGAUAUUUGACUACAGUGUUUUUUCUUACACAGAACUUUUGGUGCGUUUGGCUUCAUCAUUCUUGCAGGAACUCCACGCAAAGGGUGCUAGGAGGAUUGGCGUGUUCAGCUUGACUCCCCUUGGGUGCAUACCCUCAAUGAGAACUCUGGCCGGUGGAAUCAAGAGAAGAUGUGCAGAGAAUUACAAUCAAAUGGUUCAACUGCUUAACUCAAAGUUGUCAUCUGAGUUGCAUCGCCUCAACGAAGCCUUCCCUCAUGCCAGGAUGGUCCUUAUCGACAUUUACGGCCUUGUACUCGACAUCGUGAAGAGUCCUAGAAAAUAUGGGUUUGAAAUCUCAGACCGGGGGUGCUGCGGCUCGGGCCUAAUAGAGACUGGGUUCCUAUGCAACCAGUGGGAUUUCUUGACAUGCUCAAAUGUCUCAGAAUAUGUGUUCUGGGACAGCUAUCAUCCCACUGAAAAUGUCUACAAGGUCAUGGUCCAGGAGAAGUUGCGGAAGCUCCUGGUCGAGCUAUACUCAUGA